CAAACCUGCCCACAAUCCCGGUUAGCGAUGUUACCACGGGACGGACUGCGGAAACCGGAAAGAUAUAAGAACCCCCUCUGGCCACCAGGGUAUCUCCAUCGUCCCAUCUUGUCUGAUUACAACCACACAUCUUUUUUACAACUCGAUUCAACAUGGGCCAUCGUGAGAAUGAGGAAGCAUACAACGCGGUGCAGAAUGCCCCCCAUGAAGCCAAGCUUUCUCAUGAGCUCAUUGCUGGAGCAGCCAGUUUCGCUGCUAUGAAGGCAUACAAUAACCACCUUGAGAGUCAGGGGAAGCCUGCCAAUCACUCCUUGGCCAAAGAAUUGCUUGCUGGAUUCGCAGGAGCCGCUGUUGAUCGUUUAGUUGAGACUAAAGGCCUCGACAAGUACGACGAGUACAAGGAGAGGAAGCAUCUUAAGGAGCAAGCCGAAAGGCACGCGCAUGGUUCUCUCGAACGCCACCACUACGAGAACUGAUUAGAUAGUUAUAUGUGACUACUGGCAGCUCUGUCAUUGUGGAUGUCAAUGUAUAAAUACCGAAUGUCCUUCGAGACAUAGGAGGAACUGUGCACUCAACUCUUUACUACUUCGAGCCCACUGAUUCAAAUGGACCUCGUCGCACUGGUGUUUGUCGUCCACCUAGGUAACCUAUCACCAUCGGUUGUCUGAUUCAGAGCUUUGAACAUCCUCUCUAAGCCUGGGGCCAAGGAUGACGAACAGAACAUUCCCUCGCCAUUGAGGAUUAGCAUUGAUCUGCUUAUGUCUACUCCAGGUGUCGGUUCUUGGAGUGCUAGGUUAGAGGAACGGUAUAUGCUGGCA